AUGGCUGAUCCACUCUCUAUCGCAUCGGGGAUUGCGGGGUUGCUUUCGCUCGGUAUUCAAGUCACCCAAUCCUUAGUCAAUUUUUACACGGCAUACAAAGGCCAAGACACGGAUCUGGCGAACGUUACGCGGAAUCUCGAUGAUCUUCAAACCCUCUUUCGAGCCCUCGAUGCUGCAGUAGAGGAACGCCGACCGCAGGCCAACACGCAAGAUCUACUCCGAGAAGUCGAGAAAGCGGUACAUAAGUGCGAGGAAAUCAUCACAGAGCUACAGAGCGAGUACGAAAAAUUCCGCAAAGACUCAACCACCAAUUUAAAGGAUCGCGUUAAGGUUGCCGGUCGUCGCGCAGCCUAUCCAUUUCGGAAAAGUACCCUAAAGAAACUGGAAGAAGAUGUGACCGUAAUACGUGAAAAUCUGUCAUUCGGACUCGAUGUCCUGCAGCUUAAGAGUCAAUUUCAGAUCCAAGAUGGCAUAUCGGAAGUCAAAUCACUCGUCGAGCGAAUAAAUGCUAGUCAGGUUUCUUCUACGAUUCGUUGCUGGCUUAUGGCACCAGAUGCAUCGCCCAAUCACAACGCUACAUGUGCAAAAUCUCAUCCAAGCACAGGUCUAUGGUUUGUCAAUGGCUGUCAAUUUCGGACUUGGCUAGAGGAACACAAUUCUUUCCUUUGGCUGAAUGGUUUCGCGGGAUGUGGCAAGUCAGUUCUCUGCUCAACUGCAAUCCAGAAUACGCUUAAUGAGAUGAGGGAUGAACAUGGAGUCGGUAUCGCAUUUUUCUACUUUUCAUUUAGUGACGAGGCAAAACAGGACGACAGCGGCAUGUUACGCACGUUGCUAUUGCAGCUAUCAGUACAGCUACCAGACGGCGAAAGAGACCUAGAGCAACUACAUAAGUUAUAUAAAUCCGGGUCUCCCCCAGUAGAUGUGCUGCUUGUCUCGCUUCGACAUUUCCUUGAACGAUUCCGCGAUGCUUACAUUUUACUCGAUGCACUAGAUGAGAGCCCUCGAGAGUGCAAAAGGGAAGGUGUCUUAAAGGCUAUACAAGUGAUACGCGACUGGUCAAUACCUGGUGUCCAUAUUUUAGUGACCAGUCGUAACGAGCUGGAUAUCCGCGAAUCGUUAGGUCCUUCUCGUGGCCAAGAUAUUUCGCUCAGGAAUCCGGAAAUGGAUAAAGACAUCGCAGACUUUGUCUCCUAUCAGCUUGAAAAUGACACGAAACUUAAGAAGUGGAAAGCGCGUCAUGAGGAGAUCCAGACCAAAUUGGCAACUGGUGCGCAAGGAGUGUUCAGAUAUGUUGAAUGUCAGUUUAAUGCGAUUCGGCGGGUGCGAAAUCGGAAUCAGCUUGACGACUGUCUUCGCACGUUGCCCCGUGAUCUAGAUGAAACGUACGAGCGAAUACUGUGCAGUAUUGAAGAAAAAGAUGUCGAGGACGUGCGGCGGGUUUUGACUCUGCUUUGCUUUUCCACCCGACCGCUCACGAUCAAUGAGCUGAUCGACGCUCACGCAGUUGACCUAAAUGAGCCAUCACAGCUUGAUCGUGACGGCCGUCUGUACGAGCAGAAUGACCUUGUCGACAUUUGCCUCGGACUUAUUGAGCUCGUGGCCGCGGAAAACGACAGCCAACAAAUUACCUUGACUGCUCGUAUAGCGCAUUUCUCGGUUCAGGAGUAUCUAAAAUCGGAUCGGAUCAUUCAACAAAAAUCAAGAAUUUUUGCUAUGCGAAGUACGCCUGCAAAUAUAGAAAUAGCCCAGUUAUGCCUCGUCUACCUCCUGGAGCCAACUCUCUCUGAGGGGGUAUUUGAUGAAGAAAAGCUCACGGAGUUCCCAUUUGCUUGUUUUGCAGCUAAGUAUUGGUUUCAUCAUUAUGCAAAUUCAGAGGAUGGGAAGGAAGCAAUUGAAAAGCUAGCGUGGAAGCUUUUUAAAGACGAGACGAAGGCUUUUGUUUCUUGGAUACGCUUGCACGACGUAGACGUCCGACUUGGAGUGUCACAGGACUUGCAUCGUCCUAUUGCUGAAAUGGCAGCGCCUUUAUACUACGCGGCGUUAUUAGGACUAGAAUUAGUCCUGAACGGUAUUUCACCGAUUGACACUACGGGUUCAGAGUCAUCUAAAAUCAUCAACGCCCAAGGUGGACACUGUGGCAAUGCACUCCAGGCCGCAGCAUCGGGAGGCCAUGAACGAGUAGUGCAGAUACUGUUGGAUCGAGGUGCUGAUGUCAACGCCCAGGGUGGAGAGUAUGGCAAUGCACUCCGGGCCGCAGCAUCGGAAGGCUAUGAAAAGGUGGUGCAGAUGCUGUUGGCUCGAGGUGUUAACGCCAACGCCCAGAGUGGAAAACUACUACUUCUUCAGCCGUGA